AGUCCAGGCAGCCGCGUUUGCAGGAAGCGCCACAGACGAGAAAGAGGAGACGCGGCAGGCGGAGCGCACGCCCGGCAAAGAUCUUCUCGUCAUGGCUCAGCCAGCGCGACCGAAGCGCAUCUUGGUGACCGGUGGCUCGGGGCUGGUGGGCAAGGCCAUCGCAAAGUUGGUAGCCGAGGGAGAAGGGUGGCCGGACGAGGAGUGGAUCUUCGUGUCCUCCAAGGAUGCCGACUUGACGGAUGCCGCUGCGACUGCAGCCCUUUUUGAGAAGCACCGGCCGACUCACGUCAUUCACCUGGCAGCCAUGGUGGGGGGCCUUUUCCGGAACAUCAAGUACAACCUGGAUUUCUGGCGGAAGAACAUGCAUAUCAAUGACAACGUCCUGCACUCGGCGUACAAAUCUGGUGUCCAGAAGGUGGUCUCCUGCCUCUCCACUUGCAUAUUCCCCGACAAGACUACCUACCCGAUCGACGAGACCAUGAUCCACAACGGUCCCCCGCACAGCUCCAACUUUGGGUAUUCCUACGCAAAGAGGAUGAUAGAUGUUCAGAACAGGGGGUAUUUCGAGCAGCACGGGAGCCACUUCACCGCCGUCAUUCCCACCAACGUCUUCGGUCCGCAUGACAACUACAACAUUGAGGAUGGGCACGUCCUGCCGGGCCUCAUCCACAAAGUGUACUUGGCCAAAGAAAACGGUACGGCUCUCACUGUCUGGGGGACAGGGAAACCCAGGAGGCAGUUCAUCUACUCUCUGGACUUGGCGCGGCUGUUCCUCUGGGUCCUGAGGGAGUAUGACGAAGUGGAGCCCAUCAUCUUGUCGGUCGGAGAAGAAGACGAAGUCUCUAUUCGGGAAGCGGCCGAGUGUGUGGCGAGAGCAAUGGACUUCAAGGGAGAGCUCCUUUUUGAUACAACAAAGUCGGAUGGGCAGUUCAAGAAAACAGCCAGCAACAGCAAGCUGAAGAGAUACCUCCCCGAUUUCCAGUUUACACCGUUUGAGCGAGCCGUGAAGGAAACGUGUGACUGGUUUUGCGCCAACUACGCCAUUGCCAGGAAAUGAACCAGGGUGGCCAAACAGCGCUGCUGUCUGCAAUUUUUGCAUCAAACUCAGGUGUUGUUGUUUUUUGCUGGAAUAGAGAACAAAAGGGGCCGUCUAGGGUGCCGGGAUAGUGUACAAGCCACGCUUUCUCCGACUUUGGGGUGAUAGUUCAGUUUAGCUCUUUAAAGAUGGCACAGCUCGCUUAUUUAUGAAGCAAUACUCAGCAGAAUUGGUGGACGGAGGGGGCUUUUGGUGGUGGCAUUCGCAUUUUUAAAGAGCAGCUUUCAGCACUCUAGACGGCUGGUGGAGAUCUUGUUCACAACCAUUGGCCUCUGUGACCUGCCCUGUUGCACCAGAGCCCUUUCUUGGAGCAGAGCGCUGUCAACUGUACCCAGGUCACCUUGCGUUUUGGGCAAGAGACCCCGUUUCCCGCGGCCAAAGAUGAUGCGGCUGUGGGAACCCUUUCAGUCUAGGAAGAAGUAGUGACCGGGAGUACAAGCC